AUUUUUAUUUUUAGUACCAGUUACAUGCUAGGAUGUAGUCAAUUAUCCUACUGUGUUCUUUCGACAGAAAAUACAUUCACUAGAGCCACAGAUAAAGUGUAUAUGUCGACAUUAGGCUGUUUUUCUAUUUUCCCUCACAAAUUGGCGGCUUCGGCUUUAUGUCUCGUAAGUAGCAACCAAGCUUAUUUUACUUCAAUAGCCUUAAAAAGGCAUUUAUGUAAAAAAACUUACAAGAAAGAGCAUUGCAGGCUUCGACUAUUGGGCCUAUGGGAGUGGCAUUACGACUUAGGUACCUCUUUUACACUAGGUGUGACUGCACUUUGGUCAUUUAUGCGUUACAUUAAGCACAUAUGUGUGUCCAAAAAUAUAGCCUUGGCAAGUGACAACUUAAUGAUAAACGGACAAUGGAGGUCGCCAAUUGCAGUGGCCAGGUAUGCUAGGUCUAUCGUUUGCCAUUUCUGCUUGUUAGAUUAAGCGUCAGAGACAAUAUGGAGACCAUGACCCAUUUUUAUGCCGGAGUCUUUCCAGUUUUCCUAGCUCUAGCGUGUGUUUUCUGGGGCCCAAAUAUUGGAGAGUUUUUCCCCAGAUUUUCUUCGUCUACGAAAGAAGAUUCCACCCCUACAACUGCCAACAAUGUUUUAAAGGGCCAUAUGGAAAAAUUUGGCAAUCAAGCCGAGAAGAUUUAUGAUAUCAUAACUCUUGACUAUUUCCCCGACCCAGAAGUGUUUUACAGAGACUACAUGCGUAAGUCUGUGCCGCUGGUGGUGAAAGGUGCCCUAAAACACUGGCCUGCUGUUCAGAAAUGGAAAAGCGAGGACUUCUUACGGGAGAAAUUUGGUGAUAGUGUAUUUAUGGUGAAUAUGAAAAACAUCACAGAUGCAUAUCACUCUUACACUAUGCCGAUGUCUAUGACAGAUUUUCUGGAUGAUUUUAAGAAAAGAAAGGUUUACAUGGAUUCUUUAAUUUCUGAGAAGAUGGCAGAAGACCUCACUCUCCCAGAUUUUGUAGCUUGCGGCGAGUAUAUGGAAAUGUUAAAGAUGAUAGCCAUAUUUUUCAAUUCUGGUUGGUCAAGAAGUGAUAUCCACUUUGAUGUCUCAGAAACCAUCUUUGCCCAAGUGACCGGGGGACGGCAAUGGCUGCUGACCACUCCAACUGAUGGAAAAUACCUGUACUCGGAUGAAUUUCCAUACCAUUCUGGAACUUCCCCGGUGAACUGGGAAGCAAUAGAUUUGGUUAAAUACCCGGAUGUGUCUAAAAUCGCCAUCUACAAUGCCACACUGGACGUGGGUGAUGUUAUCUACGUCCCUGAGGGUUGGUGGCACCAAGCAAAGGUGACCGGUGGAAUACCGAAUAUUGCCAUUGCCGUUUUCAUCGACUUUCUGCACUGUUUGAAAAAUGCACCACCUUCUAACGAUUCGGUUUUCAUUGAUAACUGUAUCAAGCUUCGAGAAGACAAACCCAGAGAGAUGAAGUGUAACAUGCCUUUGAAUGGAAUGACGGUCAAAGAGGUGUAUGAUAAUUAUAGUCAUCUCAAACCACAAGCUAUGAAAUUCACAAUUCCGGAAUUUAGAAAAGACAUAUUUGAGUAUCAACCGCUGAAAAGUGGAUAUUCAAUGCCUACGCUAGGUCUCGGUCUUGGCGGGAUGUCACCAGAAGAGGCCAAUAGAAGCAUACGCCAUGCAAUGAGGCACGGCUACAGGUUCUUUGAUACGGACUCAGAAGAUGAAACCGAAGCAACACUGGGUUACAUUAUGGGUGACAAUCCAUACUGCAAGCGAGAGGACGUUUUUGUGAUUGCCAAAGUUCAUCCAAAGAACUUGGGCAGAAAUGCCACGAAGAGUUCAGUGGAAAGGUCCAUGAAAAGACUGAAUACUGAUUAUAUAGAUUUAAUUUUGAUAAAAGCUCCAUCGUGUGAUAAGGAGAUGAUCGACUGCAAAGCAGCCGAGAAUCCAGGCACAUGGCAGGAAUCGUGGCAGGCACUUGAAGAUAUGAGUAAAGCAGGGAGCAUUCGUUCUCUCGGGGUCAGUAACUUUAAUAUCUUGCAAAUGGAAGAACUGUUAACGAUGACCACUGUUCCAGUCUCAGCUUUACAAGCAAGAUUUGAUUUGAUGAAACGGAACACCAAGCUGAGGGAAUUUUGCAACAAGAACGGUAUCCGAUUUAUAGCUCAUAGCUUACUUGGUUUUAAAUGGGCGAAAUCAUCUUCAAAAACCAACCCAAUAUUACACAGCCAGAUGGUUGGAUUUGCAGCUAGAUUUUAUCGUACUGGUCCAGCUUCAGUUUUGAUAAGAUAUGCUUUGGAAAAGAACAUCACGGUGGUACCUAAGUCAUCAAACCGACUACACAUUGUACUGAACAAAAAUUCUCUGAUAAUGAACCUUCGUGAAAGUAAAGAUGCACUUGACGCUUUGGACAAUUUCCCACAUAUUCCAUGACUUUUGGAACUUUAAAGUACAUGCCGGCAUUCUUUCGUGGCGGAAAGCUUUUUCUGUUUAAAUAAAGUUAUAGAUUUGCUUAAAUACGCUGUGGUUGAAACUACAUUAAUUGUAAAUAAAACGAAAUGAAAUUAAAAUUUUGAAAUUCUGUUAUGGCGAUUAACAAUAGGAAAUUUUGAUGGGGACAAUAAGAAUGCGAAAAAUAAAUUCCAAAAAUCCGCCAUGAGAAGGUGACGUUAAUUUGACAAUGAGCUUCAU